UCCACUAUAUAUCCUCCAACCUCUCCAACUGAACUACUUUAUCCAUCCAUCCAUCCAACAACGCAAGUUGCAGAUUCUACUUGGUCGGAGUUUCAGCCUCCGGCGAACUGCUCCGAUCGAUCGAUCGCUCGCUCGCGGGGACGCGACGAGGGUGGGUGAAUCGCUUAGGAUUUGGGAAUGGCUCGCCGUUUGAUUAGCCCCUGCCAAGGCUCUGGUUUGCUUAACGCCGGAUUUCUCGGCGUCUUCUCCUCCCACCAUUAUCAUCGCCUGCCAUUGUCAUCAUCGCAUAGGAGUUCCCAACUGAAGAAUUGCUACCUUCCUAAUUUAAGGAAGGAGGUCUCGCAUUGGACAAGACCAGCCACGCCUUCCUUGUCGCUAUAUAGUGCAAGGCUUGCCAGCAAGAGGACAACUUGUUCCGUUGCAACCGAGCCGCCGCCUUCCACAACCGAAGAACCAGAGAUGGAUCUUCCAAAGGAGAUAUUCCUGAAAGAAUACAAAAAGCCUGAUUACUUAUUUGACUCGGUCAAUUUGGAAUUUCAACUUGGCGAAGACAAAACAAUAGUUACAUCUAAAAUAGCUGUAUCUCCAGGAACUGAAGGUACCUCCUCUCCACUUACUCUUCAUGGGCGUGAUCUGAAGCUGCUAUCAAUCAAAGUCAAUGGCAAGGACCUUAAGAGUGAAGAUUAUAUGGUUGAUUCACGCCAUUUGACUGUUUCAAGACCACCUGGUGGUACAUUCAACUUGGAAAUUGUUACAGAAAUAUAUCCUCAGCUAAAUACAUCAUUGGAGGGACUUUACAAGUCAACUGGCAAUUUUUGCACCCAGUGUGAAGCAGAAGGGUUCCGGAAGAUUACAUACUUUCAGGAUCGUCCAGAUGUUAUGGCAACAUAUACUUGCCGUAUCGAAGCUGAUAAGACGUUGUAUCCAGUACUGUUGUCCAAUGGGAAUCUUAUAGAGCAGGGGGAUCUUGAGGGUGGCAAGCAUUAUGCAUUGUGGGAAGACCCCUUCAAGAAACCAAGCUACUUAUUUGCUUUAGUUGCUGGUCAGUUGGAUUGCAGGGAGGACUCAUUUACUACAUGUUCUGGCCGAAAAGUAACACUUAGAAUUUGGACUCCUGGUCAAGAUUUAGCAAAGACAGCGCAUGCUAUGUAUUCUCUUAAAGCAGCUAUGAAGUGGGAUGAGGAGGUUUUUGGCCUUGAAUAUGAUCUUGAUUUGUUCAAUAUUGUUGUUGUUCCAGAUUUCAAUAUGGGAGCAAUGGAGAACAAGAGCUUAAACAUAUUUCAAUCUAGACUUGUGCUGGCAUCACCAGAGACAGCUACUGAUGGGGAUUAUGCUGCAAUUUUAGGUGUCGUUGGACAUGAGUAUUUCCACAACUGGACUGGUAAUAGAGUGACUUGUCGUGAUUGGUUCCAGCUCACUCUGAAAGAAGGAUUGACUGUAUUCCGGGAUCAGGAAUUCUCAUCAGAUCUUGGUUGUCGCACAGUAAAACGUAUAGCCGAUGUUUCUAAACUCAGGACCUAUCAAUUUCCACAGGAUGCUGGCCCUAUGGCGCAUCCUAUUCGUCCGCAUUCGUAUAUCAAGAUGGACAAUUUUUAUACCGUAACGGUUUAUGAAAAGGGUGCUGAAGUUGUUAGAAUGUACAAGACCAUGUUUGGAGCUUCAGGGUUUCGAAAGGGCAUGGAUCUUUACUUCCAAAGGCACGACGGGCAAGCUGUGACUUGUGAAGACUUUUAUGCUGCAAUGUGUGAUGCAAAUAACACCCAGCUGCCAAACUUUUUACAAUGGUACUCUCAGGCAGGUACUCCAACUGUUAAAGUGAGCUCUUCAUACGAUGCAAGUUCUCAGACAUUUUCUCUGAAAUUUAGUCAAGAAGUGCCACCUACCCCUGGCCAACCAGUUAAAGAGCCGAUGUUCAUUCCUAUUGCUGUCGGACUUGUUGAUUCUACCGGAAAGGAUAUGCCCCUAACUUCCAUUUACAGUGAUGGGAUGCUCCAAUCACUCACUAGUGAUGGCCAGCCAGUCUUCACUACUGUUCUUCAAUUUAAUAAGAAGGAGGAAGAAUUCAUAUUUAACAACAUACCUGAGAAACCAGUGCCUUCCUUGUUGAGGGGAUACAGUGCUCCUGUUCGUCUUGAUUCUGAUCUGACUGAGAGUGACUUGUUUUUCCUACUUGCCAAUGAUUCGGAUGAAUUUAACAGGUGGGAAGCUGGUCAGGUGCUGUCACGUAAACUGAUGCUCAGUCUUGUAGCUGACUUCCAGCAACAGAAAACACUGGCCCUGAACCCUAAAUUUGUUGAUGGACUUAGAUCAAUCCUGCGGAACACAAGCUUGGAUAAAGAAUUCAUUGCGAAAGCGAUAACUUUGCCGGGUCAAGGGGAGAUUAUGGAUAUGAUGCCAGUUGCAGAUCCUGAUGCAGUUCAUGCUGUCCGUACCUUUAUUAAGAAGGAGCUUGCCCUUCAACUCAAAGAUGACCUUCUUUCAACAGUGACAAAUAACAGAAGUUCUGAAGCUUAUACAUUUAACCAUGAUAGCAUGGCCCGCCGUGCAUUGAAAAACACAUGCCUUGCUUAUCUUGCAUCUCUGAAUGAACCGGACACCACUGAACUUGCAUUUGUUGAAUACAAGUCUGCUACUAACAUGACGGAGCAGUUUGCUGCACUAGCAGCAUUGUCUCAAAAUCCAGGCCAAGUUCGUGAUGACACCCUUCUGGACUUCUAUAACAAAUGGCAGCAUGAUUAUUUGGUUGUAAGCAAGUGGUUUGCUCUUCAAGCUACAUCAGACAUCCCUGGAAAUGUUGCUAACGUUCAAAAGUUACUUGGUCACCCUGCUUUUGACAUGAGGAAUCCGAACAAGGUGUAUUCGCUAAUUGGAGGAUUUUGUGGGUCCCCUGUGAAUUUCCAUGCAAAAGAUGGCUCUGGUUACAAGUUCUUGGGUGAAGUUGUUUUACAGCUAGACAAGAUAAAUCCUCAGGUGGCCUCCCGCAUGGUGUCAGCUUUCUCUCGGUGGAGGCGAUAUGAUGAGAGCAGACAAGCUCUUGCUAAGGCUCAGCUGGAGAUGAUCGUGUCAGCCAAUGGGCUAUCAGAGAAUGUGUACGAGAUAGCUUCAAAGAGCCUGGCAGCUUGAAUAAUCCCGUGAGUGAACAAGUCAGUCGGUCCUGCCUCUCAUCACAUGACAUCCACACAGGGUGCUAAAAGUGUAGUUAAACUGAAUAUGUUUAUGUGGCAAGAGUAAAAGAAGGCUGCUUUUAGACUGGUACAAAACUCUGUUGCUUAUAGUAUCGCAGACCCCAAAAGUAAUGCAAUUCUUUC